UUGCCGAAAAAAGUUAUGUCUCUGUAUUUUUUCGUUUAUAAAAAAAGAGAUUAAACAUAGAAAUUAUUUAACACAAGGGUAGUAUUUUAACGUAACAUUUCUCAUUGUAUAUAUGGUAAAUUUAAAUUUUUCUUUGACAAAUUCACCAAUAAACGACUCCAAAUCCAACACAAACAGAUUAACAUUAAAAAAAAGCUCGAAGGAAUGGAUCUGUUCUAUGUGCUUUAUAACGAAUCCGAACAGUUUAGGAGUAUGUGAGGCUUGUGAAACCCCUCGUUAUCCGUCUGAAAAAGAUUCCCAUGAAACACAGUCAACAAAGGAGAUUACACCAAAGUCACUGAUAUUUCAACCAGGCUUUUUUAAAUCAACAAACAAUCCUUCUACGAGUCAAAAUUUGUUUUUCGGUACCUCUUCACUUAAUCAAAAUACAGAAACAAUAACAACGAGUGCGUUUAUCAAGGAUUUUAAAACAACAUCCAAUACGUGUUCAAAUGAAACGGCCUGUUUAAAAAAUAAUUUUUGUAUAUCAUCGCAAGAUACAUCAAAAAUCAAUGAAAAGAACAUUUUUGCGGCAAGCAAAUUUUACGAGAUACCACUGAAAACCGGUGAAACGGAUCUACCUGUUUUAAAAGAAUCUAUAUCUCAACAACCAUCUUUAUGUAGUACUAUGGCUAGUUCAUCGUCUCUAUCAGAAUCAAGCACACACUUUGGUUCUUUUAAACGGUCGCGGUUCCAUUUAGAUACGACAAACAUUCAAAACUUUGGGUCGCCAGCAUCAAAGAAAAGAACGAGACCAUGCGAUACACCCGUUCAAAAAGUUGGAGACAGUCAGUUGCUUUCAGAUUCUCAAUAUGGAUCAAGUCCUACGCAAAAAAAAACUAUUGUUGAUGGUUUUUUUGCCAAUCUUAUGGAAUCCCCUCAGUAUAUUCCUGAUUAUAAACGGCGAACCUUUGAUGAUGAAAUAGUUAGUACUCCAUUACGAGUAGACCCUAUCAAUAAACCACUAUCGCCUUUACGUGAUUCUAAAUCACUUUCUACGAAUGCACUCAAUCUUUUGCAGCCAGAUAGUGAAAAUUCAAAAUGUGUUAAAGAUUCUUUGAAUAAACCAGUUGUCACGGAACGAGUUAAUUCAAUACAACUAUGCGAGAACAAUCAAGCAAGUGAAGGAUAUAGAUUUUCGUUUGGUGUGUUUGCAGAUGAAAGUUCUUCAGUUCAAAAUAAAUCAAUAAAUUCUCGCUUAAGUCAUUCUCUUGAGCCCUGUACACCCGAUACUCAAACGCCAUCGAUUGCUACUCCUAAUUUCGGUUCAGUCGCUCCGGAUACUAUAGUUCAAAUGACCCUCAAUUGUCGUGGAUCUUUAGAUUUAACAAAUUCUUCAAAUUCUUUGAUAGAUGUAAAAGAUUCUUCUACAACGUUGCGUUCAUCUUUUCUAGAAGAAGAUGCAAUCAAUGAAAAAUAUUCUUUAAAUGAAAACAAUAAUAAUACCCAAAACUGUGGAAUAGUUUUUACGUGGGGUUCGGGUGAAUGUGACCAACUAGCGCUUGCAGAUCGCUAUUUUAACGAGUUUCUUGCAGUACCAUCACCUUGUUGUAUUGUGAAAUUAAGAAAACAAAAAGUGACUCAAAUUGUAUGUGGAGCUCUUCAUACAUUAGCGCUUUUGGAGGACGGUUCUGUGGUAUCUUGGGGUUGCAAUGAUGAUUUAGUCUUAGGACGAGAGCCAAAUACUCUUCCCGAAAAACAACCAGUCCGCAUCCAACAUCUACCGGAAAACGAUCCUAUUGUGGCGAUUUCAUGCGGGGAUUGUCAUAGUGCUGCUAUCACUUCUCUUGGGAAAUGUUUUAUAUGGGGUUGCUAUAAGGAUUCAUCUGGAUAUAUUGGGUUUCCGGAUUUCCAGUCGGUUGGCUUUUCCACACAAAAAAAAAAAACAUAUAUUCCGACUCUUGUUGAAGGGAUACAAGGCACUUGUGUACGAGUUUGCUCGGGAGAAAAUCAUACCGGAGUUCUUUGUUUAGCUAACGAUGCGUUAAAUGAACCUUUCGUUUAUCUGUGGGGUAGUGCAGAGUUUGGUCAACUUUGCAUAGAGCGCUCUUCUAAAAUGUCUCGAGAAUCCCUUUUAUUUCCUCAAUUACAAACAGCUACUAAGCUCCAAUUACCAGGAAUCAUCACAAACCUCUUCAUGGGUCUUGCGACGACUUUUUUUGAAGUUCAAAAAGAAGACGUAACAUAUUAUGGAGUGGGACGUAACUGCUGUGGCGAAUUAGGUAUUGAAAAAGAAGACGAAAUUGUUACUGUUCCACAAGCUCUUCUGUUUUCCACAAAAAUACGCGACAUUACAAGCUGUCAAUUCGCCAGCAUAGCGUUAACCUCUAACGGAGAUGUGUUAACCUGGGGAAAAAGUGAUCAGUUAGGGCGAUCUACGAAUGGUAAAAUGUUGGAUCGCAAGCCAUCAACUGUGGAAUUUUUUAAGGAAAAUGUGCGCUGUAUUGGAAAAGGUGGCGAUACAAUGUUUGCUGUAACAAAAAAGGGAGUAUUAUAUGCUUGGGGUGAAGGACAAACGUAUCAAAUCGGUGAUGGAAAAGAAUAUGAAAAUUCCGUUUUAUCUCCCUGCUUGGUUUCACCUAAACAUUUUGAUGGAAAAGCAGUUUUGGCCGCUUGUGGGGGAAGCCAACAUUCAGUCGCAUUAGUUUUUAACGGUGAGAGUCUUAUCGCAUCAGAUGACUCUAUUCCUGCGUGGGUGACUGAACUCCGUGAAGGGACUUUAAGUCGUUUUGUGUACUCAAAUUAUAUAGAGCACAAAAACGUUUUGAAAAAACGACUAGUUGAACAUGAAGUUAUAAAUUCCGAAUCUCAGAUAAAAGAAGAAGAAGAAUUAGUUUCAAAAGAGCAUAAUGAUCUAAAGAAGAAUGAUAAUUAUGUGCCUCAACGCAUAACACGCGCUUCAUUAAGAAAAAAAAUAAAUAAAGAAGAGGUGGUGUCUCCAAAAGAAAAAAACAAAAUUCUAAAAAAAAAACCCAGCCCAAAAGCUCUUAAAAUAAAAAAAGAAAAAAAAAUGACCUCUCGUCCUACUCAAAAUAAACUAGAAUCGGUAAACAACAAGCCAGUAAAACGAGUUGCUACUGUUAGGAAGAAAGUGCAGCCUACCAAACAAGUGAAAAAAGAAACGGCUGGCAAAACAGAAAUUUCUAAAAAAACGGUUACUAAAGCAGAAAUUUCUAAAGAAGCUUUUUUAACGGAUCAAUUGCAGGAAGUGAGAAAACAACCAAGUCGAUCUUCAAAAAAACGACAAGCAACAACCGUCACUAAGGAAUCUGUGGAAAAGAAUUCUGUUGUUACUGCGAAGCCGACGUUGUCCUCUUCUUCGUCUUCUGUUCAAAAAAAAAAAACAGCCACUUUAUCAUUGUCGAAACUGGUUGAUAUGGAACCGACAAGAAAACUUCCUCCUAGAAAAGCUCGUCACUAGCUUUAAUAAUUUUUAUACUCAAAUUGAUUGCAAAAAUUGUCUUGAUAUAUAUAUUUUGUUUCAUAUUUUAAAAGCAAUGUGAUACAAUUGUAAGAAGGUCACAUAUUUAAAAGUGUGUUUUGUGUUGACAAAAAGAAGACGUUUCAAUAACUAUUCUUGUCAGAGAUAUUACAAGUGAUUGCUUGAAAAAAAUUAGUUAAUGAAUUUUAGUGGAACCAU